GCACAACUUUGUUGUCAGCAAAACCAUAAUGCGGAUAAUUAGGUUGUGUUGCCUUUCAAUGAUGAUUUGGGAAGUUUAAUUUGAAAAUCUAGUUGAUCUUACAGACUUUGCUUGGAUUUAGACAGUUCCUCUUAAUUUCCUUUUCCUAAUGACAUUUUAUAAAGUAAAAAUUUCAAGCUGUUUAUUGGAGGUGUUUUGAUAUCUUUUAUAACCUCAUGCUUUCAGGUUGUUAGCAGAAACUUUAAAAAGUUGGGGGAAAAAAUCUGUAAUGUCUUAAAGAAUCAAUUUAGACCUGACAAGGUUGCCUGAUUAAAUUCAUGUCACUGAAAUCCCUUACGCAGUUCCUCUAGGACAGAUGUGUGCCAAAUCAUGUCCAAUCAACUGAAUUUGUCAUAGGUGGCCUCCAAGUAUAGAAACGUCUCAAAGAUUACUGACAGAAAUGGGAUGCACCUGAGCUAAAAUUAAUGUGUCAUAGCAAAUUGUCUAAAUACCUACAUAUUUCAGUUUUCUGUUUUAAUACUUUUGCAAAGUUAGCACAAAUUUAUUUUGCUUUGUCAUAAUGAUGUUUAAAUGGAUUUAAAUUUUAAUUUUAAAAUGAAUUUAGCAAAAUGUAAAAAAACGAAGGGUUAGGGUUAGGGUUAGUAUACUUUCUGAAUGCAAUUGUAGAAGAAAAAGAACUGGUAUCAAGAACAUUAACAAAAUGGUAAGGAAAAGGUGUAGUAAUAAAUGUAAAAAUGGCAUUAUACCAUAAUCAGGAAAUGAGAAUGUUAUCAUUGACAUUAUGCGAUAUGACUAUAACUAUAUGUCAUAGAAACUCCCAGGUAUAUUUUAAAAUAAGUUUUAUUUUUAAAUAUAUAAAAAAUAUAAAUAGAAAAAUGUAUAGAAAAGGUAUUAUACAUUAAUAUCAUAACAAAGCCAGAAUUAAAGAUGGUAGCAAGCACACUAAAAAUAACAGCAGAAACUCUAUAGCUUUACCUCCUUCCCUUAAUAUAAUAUGCCUGUAUUAUUUUUUUAGACUGUACUAGAUAAGAAGGUAGGGCACAUUGAAUCUGUUAUGUCCCAGAAAAGGUUUGUGGAGUCCAGAAUUGAAUGGUGGAAAUGAAUAGAUAAGAAGGGUUUCUGUCUGCAGUAGGUUUUUUUUAAUUUAUUUAUUUUUUUUUAUUUUUUUUUAUGAACUCUCUAUGUAAAAUAUAUUGCAUUUUCUUAAUUUUCUGAUAAAGUAGACUCAACUGAAGAAAAUUAAGAACGUGUGCCUGUAGGUGACACUGAAUCUUUAUUUAGGCCUUCUAAUCUCUUCCCAGCCACCCAUAUAUCCUCAGAAAUUUACCAUCUAGCUAAAGAUCACAGUACUAAUUUUUUUUUUAGUUAUUUUUUAAUGUUAUUUAUUAAUUAAAUCCUUUGUAUACAACUGUAUAUGUAAACAGCAAGUCACAUAUGGUUUUAUGACAGUUCAUGUAAUCAGCAAUUCUGUGUCACAUCGACCUUUGCACUUUUAGCUUCAUUGUCUUCAUAAUUUACUGCUAUAUAUUUUACUGCUAAGUUUUCAACAUGACAUAUAUUAACAAUAUAUAAAAGAAAGGUUUAUAAGAGGCAGUAAUGAUAGGCAUGUCAGAUGGAUCACAUUUAAACCAACAAUGUCCACAUAAAUUGACAUUUAUUAACAUUUUUAUUAACAAAAUACAAGAAAUUAAAACAUCACAUUGUGCAUGAGAAUCAAAAUAAGGGGGAUCAAAUGUGUGUUUUGGUAAAUGAUACAUUCAGAGAAGCAUGCUGUUUUCUAUUUUUAUUCUGUGUGGUCUUUGCCUUCUAAAGAACUGCACCAGACUAAAAGUUAUGUUUACCUCAGAAAUGCCAGGCUGGGUUGCAGCCACUGUCAAAUAUAUUACGCCAGCCCACACAGGCUGUCGAUAUGUAUAUCAACAUGCCACAUCAGUAUUCUAAAAUAUUAAAAUGCUUAUUGACAUUUUUCAAUAUUGAUACAGCAUCUAUAAACAAAUGUAAAAUAAUGUUUUAGUUAAUUGUUUUUACAUUACUUCACAAAACAGACGAAAUGUUUAGGAUAUCUUGGAACUGUUCUUGCAUUUAGAAGGACAGUUUGCUCUACAAAUGCAAGUAAAAUACUAAUUAUUCAAAAAAAAUUUACAAACAUCAAUCCAGAUGAACUAAUCCAGAUGAACUAAUCCAGAUGAACUAACCAAGCACUGAUUAUUAUUAAUAAUCUACUUCAAGUGGUUAAAAAUGUCCUGGUAAUGCAAAAACUAAAACUAAAAUAGGGAAUUAAAAAUGCAUCAAAGUGGGAAUUUAUACAUUAGUGAACAGAUAGAAAAGUUUGUUACAUAUUGCUUAGUGCUACACACACACACACACAUCCAUAUGCUGCAUGCAACUGAGAUACAGAGAGAACAAUCUGUGCUUUGUAUAUCAGAUUCAAAUAUUGUGUGUGUGUGUGGGUGUGGGUGUAUUUGAGACUGAUCCACAAGUUGUGCUGCAACAUGAAAACAAUCUCAAAAUCCACUAAACAUAACCCAUUUUAAAAUGGAAUCUACACACUGGGCAUGUGCCUAAACAUACAGAGUUUUAAUGCAAGCCAGAUAACUUCUGACUAAGUAUCUGACAUAUAAGCUGUCUCUGUUUUCACUGACAUAACUAGAUGGAGAUGGGAACAGGUUUGCAUGUACAGUAUAAAUAAAGAGCAUUUCUCUUAUCUGAGUAGGUCUCAAUUCAGACACAGAGCUUGUUUGCUGUAUUAACAUAUGGUUUAUAACCUUCUUCCCUGUUCUGUAGUUAAUUAACGAGCAGGUGUCUCAGAGAGAGAGAAAACAACUCGCUUUGACUCAACAUUUUACGUCGUGUUUUUUCCGCUCAUUUAAUUUUCUUCCUCUUGUAGUCCUUGGACUAGGCUUAUAGUCUUUAGCCAACCAGACUUAGAGUGUCUUAAAAAUUACCAUUAGGUUGUAGAUGUUUUUCGAUGUUUUUUUUAUUUACAUUUUUUUGCAUUUGAAACAAUUCAACUGCUUCAAAUGCUUUGUUUAGCCUCUUCAGCUGCUUUUAGAUUUAGGUUCUAAACAUAUAUCGUCAAAUUUAACACUAAUUUACAUAAUUGGCAACUUUUUGUGAGAGAAGUCACUUUUUUUGUCUUUUACUUUUUAUUUUUUUACACUUGUAUUGUUACAGCUGGUAAUGAAUAAUGAGUCGCUGGAUUUUUGUGUAUCUUUUGUGGACUUUUCCAAAUGGAAAUAACUUGGUAAACCAGACUUGUCUAGACAGUAUGUACCUGAUUAACGUAGUGUUGCUGCAGGACGGCGUUUCCCCCUGGAGUAUGAACUUCGUCCAGCCAGCAGUGAUGAAAGCAAUUGAAUCUGACGCUGUAAUCAACUACAAUAAUGAUGUGACUCGCAACCUGACUGCCACCUACAAUGGGUUUCAAACUGUUUAUUACCGACACAAAGGCUGUAGCAGCAGCACCUGUGGGGGAGUAGAGAUCCUGAUAGACCUUCAGACCUCAGGAAUGGUUGGCUGUGCUCUGCUGGGACCAUCCUGUACCUAUGCAACUUUCCAACUGGUGGAUGUUGAUGUUGGUCUAGAACUCAGUAUGCCCAUCAUCUCAGCUGGGAGCUUUGGCCUGUCCUGUGACUACAAGGCUAACUUGACACGUCUACUGCCUCCAGCUCGCAAGGUUUCCGACUUCUUUAUCAACUUCUGGAGCUUUGCUGAUAAUAUUAAGCCUCAGUGGAAUAGGACAUACAUCUAUAAAAAACCUAAUAACACUGAGGAUUGCUUUUGGUACAUAAAUGCCUUAGAGGUUGACUCAGGCAACUUUGCUUCCAAAGUUAAGACAAGAGUGGUGCUCCGAAAGGAACAAGACCUUAGUAAUGCAUUAAAAAAUAAUAGAGAGAGUAACUUGUUUAUUUUAUGUGGAACUCCUGAUGACAUUGUGGAACUGAAGAAUGGCUCUCUGGAUGCUGAUGCACAAAUUGUCUUCAUUCUCAUCGAUCUGUACAAUGACAAAUAUUACCUUGAACCCUCUAAUGACGCUAUGAAGAAUGUCUUGGUCUUGACAAUGCCCAAUUCUCGGAAUUAUACCAUAAUCCCUAACAACACGAUGAAUGAUUAUAUUGCCGCAUAUCAUGAUGCGGUGCUGCUUUUCGGGCAGGUGAUGAGGCAAAUUUGGCGAACUUCUGCCUUGGAUGUUGACAGCGUCAACAUUAACUAUUUCAGAAAUGUGUCGUUUAAAGGUAUUGCUGGAAAUUAUAAAUUAGAUGAGUAUGGGGAUAGAGAUGUGGUGUUUUCACUGAUGUACACCGACACAAACAAUAAGUACAAAGUUCUGUAUGAGUUUGACACCAGCCUUAAUAAAACAACACUGGUCGACAUCAAUCCUUCAUUCUUCUGGCCUCAACAGCAACUUCCUGAUGAUCGGCCACAUGAUGAUAACACAGGUAUGACGGUGCAGAAUAUCAUUAUUAUAACAAUAGUCUCCCUGGCAUUGGUAGUGAUAGGCACAAUUGCAUUUGUCUUUUAUUGGCAGAACAGGUCAUACCGCCAAAAACAGAAGCGAUGGUCACAUAUCCCUGUAGAGCUCAUUACCCCAGUGAAGUCUAGUGAGAGAAAUAUGGUGUCUCUAAAGAUUGAUGAGGAUGCCUGGAAAGAUACAAGUCAGAAGAUUCGCCGGGCUCGCUAUGAUAAGAAGAUUGUACUCCUUAAAGAACUGAAGCACUCUGAUGGCUACUUCAGUGAAAGACAGAGAAUAGCACUUAAUGCACUAUUACAAAUAGAUUAUUACAACCUAAUAAAAUUUUAUGGUACAGUGAAGAUUGAUCAUGAGGUUCUUGGAGUAUUUGAGUAUGGAGAGAGAGGAUCUCUGAGGUAUGUUCUUAAUGAUAGGAUUUCAUACCCAGAGGAGACCUUUAUGGACUGGGAGUUUAAGAUUUCUGUCAUGUAUGAUAUUGCAAAGGGCAUGUCCUAUCUUCACUCAAGUCACAUUGAAGUUCAUGGCCAUCUGAAGUCCACCAAUUGUGUCAUUGAUAAUCGUAUGGUAGUGAAAAUCACUGGCUUUGGUUUUAAUACUAUACUCAGUCCAGAUAGAGAUCUGUGGACUGCUCCAGAGCACUUACGAAAAGAAGGUAUUUCUCAGAAGGGAGAUGUUUAUAGUUUUGCCAUAAUUGCACAGGAAAUUAUGCUGAGAAAUUGCACAUUCUACACCAAGGCCUGUUCAGACCAAGCUGAAAAGUUGGACCGUGUGCAGUACCCCCGAAUGCAGAGAUUUUUUAGGCCUGACCUAAAUUUUGAAACUGCAAGUGAAAAAGAAUUGGAGGUGUACUUGAUUAUCAAAUCCUGUUGGGAUGAAGACCCUGAGAAAAGACCAGAUUUCAAAAAGAUUGAAAGUACAUUGGGAAAGAUUGUCAGCCUUCACAACCAGGCCAAUGAGAGUUACAUGGGUAAUCUUAUUCGGCGGCUACAGAUGUAUUCCCGUAACCUGGAGCACCUGGUGGAGGAGCGGACAGCACUUUACAAGGCAGAAAGAGAUAGAGCAGACAAUCUUAACUUUAUGCUGCUUCCAGGCCCAGUGGUACACUCUCUGAAGCAGACAGGCAUUGUGGAGCCUGAGCUGUUUGAUGAGGUCACAAUCUACUUUAGUGACAUUGUGGGUUUCACCACCCUUUGCCACUACAGCACACCCAUGGAGGUGGUGGAUAUGCUCAAUGACAUUUACAAAAACUUUGAUAGCAUCCUUGACCAUCAUGAUGUCUACAAGGUGGAGACAAUUGGUGAUGCGUAUAUGGUGGUGUCAGGUUUGCCACGUCGAAAUGGAGACAGACAUGCAAAGGAUAUUUGCCAUAUGGCACUGGACAUCCUUUCCUUCAUGGGCUCUUUUGAGUUGCGCCAUUUGCCGGGCUUGCCUGUAUGGAUCCGUAUAGGGGUGCACUCAGGCCCCUGUGCUGCAGGUGUCGUGGGACUUAAGAUGCCCAGAUACUGUCUGUUUGGAGACACAGUGAACACUGCCUCUCGCAUGGAGUCCACAGGAUUACCCUUGAGAAUCCAUGUGAGUCAGUCGACAAUCAACAUUAUCGAGCGGGCUGACUGCAAGUUUAAAUAUAUGAAACGAGGAGAGACAUAUUUGAAGGGAAAAGGCAAAGAAACAACUUAUUGGUUAACAGGAGUUACUGGACAAAAGUACAACCUGCCUACACCCCCAACAGCUGAAAACUUCCAGCGUCUGCAGCAAGACCUGGCAGUUAUGAUAAAGAGUUGUCUGGUGCAGCGGUCUCCAAGUCUUGAGAAGAGGGAAACACUUUCAGCCAGCCAGAGGAAGCUCAGAGGUUACUCAGAGCUGACUGAUUCUGAGCAGCCUGAGUACUUUCACCUGGCUACUGUAGACAACCUUAGUACAUACUUGUAACCUGAGAAAUGUUUGUCUUACGUUCAUUGCAGAAUACUGUAAAUUAUCUAUACUCUAUCAAUUACUAUUGAUUUGCAUUUUUAUGUAGUAUAUUUAUAAAGGCUUUUUAAAUAUAUUUUUAUACAUUUCUUAGUGUGUAGUAUGUGCCUAUUUUUGUGACAUUUAAAUAUUUGUUGUUCUGUAUCUGUUUGCUGCAACCCAUUUUAAAGUAAAGAAGUAGUUCAUUUUUCAUGAAUACUGUUCAUUACAAAUUCAUUUUUUAAAAGCCACAUAACACUGCUAUCAAUAAGAAAAACAAGUGCAAAACACAGUUUGUACAUAAUAAUAAAAAAACACAUUCUUUGAAUAUUCUAUUUUCUUCUCCUACAUUAGUUAAUUGACUAAUGUGAUUGAUUUCUGUGCUUAAGCAAAUGUUCCUGAAAAACGCACUGAUCAAAACAAAUAUUUAUAAACAAUAUAUAUAUUAUAUUUUUAUUAUAUACAACAUUUCCCCAAAACAGAAAUUGCUAGAAAUCAUUAGCUAAUACUUUUUAGAUGAAAACAAGACAAAUGAAAGGAAACCUAUUGUUUUGCUAUGAUAUGAUAUGUUGACAUUCAGCUGAUAUGGUUCAUGUUUACUUGUUUUUUUAGUAUCACUAAAUAUCAAUAAAAGUUUUUUUCUGAA